UUUUACUGGAAAGCUGAAACGCAGUUGUAAAACCAUUCAAAUAGUUCAUUAGAGAUAAGUGUAUCUUCAGGAUUUUUUUUUUCUUCGUUUAAUAUCAGUAGAUCAGAAUCGGCGCUUGCGUCAAACGUGAAGAAGCGGGUUUUUAAGAAAAUAUUAAGGGACUAGUGUAAUUGUAAAAUUAGUUUCUAUAGAAUUUGCUAUUUUUUUUUUAUUGCUGUAUUGCAAUGGUCGUGUAUGGUUUGAGUAGUGUUUUACAUUUUCUAGAUUAAUUUGCUAAGGCAUUAAUGUAACCGCGUAGAUCCUUUUUAUUAACCAAGUCGUCAUACUAUACAGAUUGCUACAUUGUAUUUUUGGAUAUGAGGAGCCAGCAAGUGACAUCAGGAAAUGCUGCUUUAUAUCCUGCUAUCGUUCCUCUGUCUACGAACAGCUCGGCCAGCGCAGUGAGCCCUGCCACCAGAAGCAAGGCUUUUUUAUCCACCACCAGGGUUAAAAUUAGUCUCGGUAACACACCAAGCAGGGGUAAAACUUUACCUGCUUCUACCCACAAGAGAAGUUGUAAUGUCAGGAACUCCUUCUACAGCCUACCGCGAGAUCGCCAGUCGACCCACAGAGAACCCUGCUGCAGCAAAGAGAACCCAGGGAUCGCUCCUCCUGUGUUUGUUUUUCACAAGAAAGAACAAACCCUGAAGAGGCCAGCUGAGGACUCCAAAUAUGAAAGUGGCCUGGGAGUCCCAGCAGAAAAACGUGGAAGAUCCACUUCUUUUACCUACUCCUCUACAGCCUCACACAUUCAAGCCGAUUCAAACUGCAGAGAUAAACGAGUGAGAUCAUCUUCAUUUAGCUGCACUCUCUCCUUCCCUCCACAAAAGCCAGUUGCAGGAAAUAAUGUGUUUAUGCCAUCAAGCUUGUUCAGCAGAUUGAAUGUUGACAGCAGCAGCAGCACAGAAACAGGGCUUGUCCUUCCAAGUGUGAAACGGACUCUCCUAUGGCCUGCUGUCCUCCAAGCCCCACCACUGCACAGCUUCUCUCAGUCAGUGCCCAGUGAGGAGACACCCAGCUGCUGUGUGAGUGCAGCAACAACCCCUCAGAUGGUUCAGGAGCCAUCAGCUUUGUCAGCACAGGAUGCAGCAAGUGUAGAAAUGGAAUCAACAUCCAACAUCUUCCUUCAGCUUUCUCCAACAGUGGCAGCAAGAAACCCUGCAAAUCAGAAGACAACCAGAAUAGAUGGCAAAUCAGAGUUUGUGUUUGGAGAAAAUAUGAGUGAAAGAGUUUUGAGCCCACUCAAAACCUCAGACUCUGACAAUGAAGAUAGCGAAGACGAUGCAUCAUUAGAUGAAGACUCAAGUUCUUCUGGGUCCGAACUGUCAAGCUCAGAGCCACCUUACAAAACAGUGAGAAGGCAGACAUUAAGAGAGUCUGCAGCCGCGUACACUGCGGCUUCCAGUAAGAGAUGUCUGCUGGAGCAGGUGGAGGUCUUCACAGGGGAAGAGGAGGAGAGCAGAGUCAUGCAGAUUACCUGCAAACUGUUUGUGUUUGAGAAAUCCACUGGCUCCUGGUUGGAGAGAGGAAGGGGAGUUCUGAGGCUCAACGAUAUGGCCACAGAGGAAAGUGGCAACCUGCAAUCUCGACUAGUGAUGAGAAACCAGGGUAACCUGAAAGUGAUCCUCAACUCUAAGCUCUGGGCUCAGAUGAAUGUGUUCAAGCCAGCAAGGAAAAAACUGUGCUUCACUGCUACUGACCUGGAGAACCAGGUCAUUCGAGUGUUCCUCAUACAGGCUUGUGCGAAGGAAACGGCGCGUCUCCACUUGGCUAUUCACCACCGUCUGGUUGCACUGCGGAGCUGUUGUGGAGAGCAGGAAACGGAGGAGAACCUGAUGGGGCUGGAGACUGAGCCACAGGCCUCUGUCCUGCACUGUGACAGUGAGGACGAUGAGCGGUAGAUCGCCUGCCUUGGAGGCUCAGGAUCCUACCAGUCUAAAUGGAAUAGCAGCCAGGCUGGGCUCUGCACAUGAUCACAUCACCUUGUAUCUACAGAGGACUCGCUAUACUGGACAGUCAAAGACAACUGCAUUCCUUUCUGAUCAGCUUAAACCUUCAGUCAUACGUCAAAGAAAACCUUCCAGAAUAGACCUCUCCAUAGAACCUGCAGAUACAGAAUAUCAAAAUGUAUUUCGGUCUGUGGAGCAUGCUGUGGGCAGUUUGACUUCACAAGAUUUAAGAAAUACUCGCUUUACCGUUAACGUUACAAAAAGACCAGCUUUUACAAUAACAAAAAUGUACUAAGGAUUUGGCAUUGACACGGACAUUUGUUUUAUUUUUCAGCCCUCACUCUAUCUCUCUCUAUAUAUAUUUGCAGUAAAGCUCAAUAUGUAAAUGUGUUCUUCAAAAUAAUUCCCCUGGUUCUCACUCAUCAUAUUGAUGAGUGUGAAAGGUUGUAGUUUGCAACUCUUACAGAGGGGGAGGGAUUGUGUUUGAUUGUUGUUAAUUAUUUAUUUUUCAUUUCAACAAACAAGUAUUUUAAAACAUGAAUCUUUUAUAUAAUUGUACUAUAUGUACUCUGGUUAGAUAACAGAGAUUUCAAUACAGGCAAACUGGUAAGAGGGUUAAAGAUUGCUAGUGGUUUUCAUUUGUAAUAUCACUAAAGGUGAACAAAAUAGUGUUGUUGAGGUGUUUGGCUUUUGCCACAAUAAAGAAAUAUCAAUGUGAAAUGCUGAGGGAGUACUGUAUACAAGUACCCUGGCUAGAUACAGUACUGUGAUUUAUCAGUGACACCUGCGCAAUCUCAAUUGUACUCUAAUUGUUUUUUUGUGUAUUUUGUAUUUUUUGCAUUCUGUAUUGUUGGUUAUCUUCGGUAAAAAUAAUACCUAAUUUUAAAAUCUGUACCAAGCAUCAAUUUCAUAUUUAAUGUAAUCAUAUAUAAUGUGUGUGUGAAGUGUGUAUACAUAUAUAUAUAUAUAUACUUUUUAUAUAUACUUGUUUUUGCUUUUGCUGCUAAUGCAAGUUAACAAAUGUGUUGCCCUGAUUUUCAAAUGUAUACUUUUUAAUAGGAUCAAAUGUUUAUAUUGGAAAUAAUAUAUAUUUUUUUCUUCCAAUUCUAAAGAUAUGUUGCCUUUAAGACAUGUAUUUAAGAAAUGCAUAUAUUAUGCAGUGUGGCUAUUUACCAAGAGACAAGACAUUUAGUAAUUGUUAUUUUAAAAUAUUCUUAACAAUGCAGUGUCACAAAUGGGUUUAAAAACAAAACCUUGUUGAUGACAAGUAGACACAGAAGCAGGUCUGUUUAGUGUAGCCGAUUUUUAAGUAAAAAACUGCAGGUAAAUAGAGCAGACAACAAAUUCAGCUUCUUGAUGACAUCAAGUGAACAGCAGGGUGUGGUACAUUGCAGCUUUAAAUAUACAGUAUGUCUAUUAAAUAAAAUGCUAGCUUUCCUGGGUCCGGUUAGACGUAUCUAUCGUAUUAAAGUGCAUUGUGAAUUUUUUCUAAACUCACUUGUUUAAACUUGGCAAUGUGUUCUGUCAUUGUUACCUUUUUCAAGUGCAUUAAAGCUGCUAAAUGGA